AUGAACGUGCUGGAAGAUGUCCCAUUUCAGACCAUGCUGGGUCCACUGGAGGAGGAAGUCCAGCUGGUGACUGCUCCAGACGUCACUGUACCAGACUACCAACGGAUACUGCGAGAAACCGAGUAUGGAUUCAACCAGGAGAAAUGGAUUGUAACUGGGAAGCAGCCUUUCUACCAGGUCCCAUCCUGCCCUCCCUACUGGCUGAUGUUCAGCAGUCCUCAGGUGGGCCACAGGGUCGGUCGCAGGGGCAGUGACCCGUGCGCCCACAGCGCUCGGCCCCGCAGUCACAGCCUGAACUCUCCAGACACCCGCUGUCUGCACCAUCGCACUGUCAAGUUCCUCGUACCUGACUCUGAUGAUGAAGAUGGGGAUUGUGAGGAUAACGAAGGCUUCUCCACUGAAUAUGCACGUCACCCCAUCAAGACUAGAGAGCGACCCCGAAGUGCUGCACCCAGAGACAGAGUCUCCAGAGUCAAAGACAUGCACCGUGGUUCUUCCCCUCACCACUGUAGGCCAGACUCACCUCAGGGCCUCAGGGCCCACAAAGGCAGCUUAUCGUCUCUGCAGGACUGCAGACAGCCACUGCGUGCACAGGAGCAGCACAGGCCACAGCAGAGCAGCCCGCUUCCUGCAGGGCAGAAGAGCAGCAAGAAGAAACUGCGCCCACUGUUCACUGUGACCAGAAAGUUCUCCUUAAACUCAUCUGCUGUUGGUCCAUCUCUAUCAAGGCUGCAGCAGCAACGACCCUCCUCUGCAGGGCCUGUUGUCAAAAAUCGCAGGCAGAAGGCCCUGAGCACAGGUGGCUCCCGUGGGGUUUUCUUUGACUCUGCAGCAGAGCUGUUGUCAGCACUCAGCCAAGAAGAGAGGGAGCUACUUGAAACCAUCACAGAGCAGGGUUACCCUUUACGCACAGCUAUUCUGGCACUGCAGAAGACAGGAUAUCAUAGCCCAGAGAAAAUCCUUAAAUACCUGGUAGCCAGCGACCAUCUGUGUCAGCUGGGUUAUGACGAAGCACAAGUAGAGGAGGCCCUGGAGAUGUUUCAGAACUGUGAGAGCAAGGCUGCCGAGUUCCUGCGUCUCCUCACUCAGUUUAAUGAGAUGGGCUUCCAACAAAGUGCUAUCAAAGAAGUGCUGCUUGUUCAUGGAAAUCACCGUGAGAGGGCUCUUGAAGAACUCAUGACACGCAUGGCUUAA